UUCAAAUUAAAAGUUGAAUACUUUCAUGAGGUUUUUAUUUUGUUCUACGCAUUUCAUCAAUUUUCAAAACAAAACAUGGAUAUGAUUAACAAGUUAUUUGUGUUCAUGGUUACUGUGGGAUCAGUGGAGAUGAACGAGACCGCAACAAAUCUCCAGUGUUAUUCCUGCUUUGGUACUGGCGGGAACAAUGAAUGUGAGCAAUUCAAAACAUACAAGGAGGCUAUGGAUGACAACAAAAGCUAUUCUCACUAUCUAAAGAACUGUACACCUCCAUACAACCAAUCUUGUAUAAUAGAGACCUUCUCCGUUCUGGGACAGACCGUAUCUCACAUCCGGGAUUGCAGCGACGGGAGGUUCUUCUCAUUUAAUCAGACCUUACAAAACCAAAGGAAUGCGUAUACAAGAUUGCACGAAUUGGAUAACAGCAACGAGACGGCGUGCGUAUGGGAUGGUCAACAUCUGGUGUGCCUCUCUAAAUGUGACGGAGAUUUUUGUAACGGCCCUGUACUUGAGAGAAAGAUCAACGCCGCCGCUGAACAAGGCGUUUCUUUAACUGUGAUGUCUGCUCUGUCUGUUGUUGGACUCUGUCUAAGGAUUCGCUGAACUCAAAUAUGUCAUACUCAAAGUGCACUUUUAAUGAAUUAAAGAAAAAAAAUGUUGGAAUUAAAGUGUAAAAAGUGAAUACAAAUUUAGGUUAUUUUCCGUUCAUAGAGACUGUAUACAGUGCACAUUACUGAAUUAAGAAAAAUGGAUUUUAUGUUGGAAUAAAAGUGUAAAAAGUGAAUAAAUCUUUAAGGUUUUUUUCGAUGUUAAAUGACUAUACGUCUACAAAGAUAGAAUUGCUAUUAUAAAACAGGCAGUGGACAUUAUAGAAUCAAGAAUAAAAUGGGUUUUAUGAUGGAAUGAUAGUGUACAAAGUGAAUGAAUAUUCAGAUUAUUUUUAGUUGCUAAAUGACUAUAUGUCUACACAGAUGGUAUUGCCAAACACAGACUUACGGCAGUGCACAGUAUUGAAUUAAGUAGAAAUGUUUUUUAUGUUGGAAUGAUAGUGUACAAAGUGAAUGCAUAUUCAGAUUAGUUUCCGUUGUUAAACGACUAUUUGUCUACAAAGAUAACAUCGCUAAACACAGACUUAAGGCAGUGGACAUUAUUGAUUUAAGAAAAAAUGGCUUUUAUGUUGAAAUGAUAGUGUACAAAGUGAAUGAAUAUUCAGAUUAGUUUCCGUUCUUAAACGACUAUUUGUCUACAAAGAUAGCAUUGUGAAAUACAUAAUAAAGGCAGUAAACAUUUGCAUAUGAUUAAAACAUUGAACAAGGAAGUUGUAAAUCCUUAUAAAACGUUAUCAAACACUUGUUUAAAAACGGCGGUUUGCCUUGUUAUUUAAAUCUUGAGUUUUAUUACAUGAUGUGAAUAAGUUUUGUUUAACAGUUAUUUAAUUAAUAUUGCCUUCUUUAAGUUUAUAAUAUCUUUACAGAAUAAAUCUUCGUUUUAU